AUACGUCCGACACGUGCAAUGCGGGCCUGUGGACGCUUACCUUUAACCGUUUUCUUCAAAUAAAACAUCUGUACCAGAAAGUUCAGAAAGGCUAAAAUAAUUUGUUAAAUAUUCUCUUUCGAGGUUAAGGUAUACUCUUUGCUACUAAAAAGUCUCCCCUGACAGUGUCAAUGAUGCUAAAUUUUGACACAUGUUUAUCAGAAAGGUUUUCGAAAAAUAUUUACAUGUGAUUUAUUUCUGAAAAUGAGUGAGAGUUUGAGUACUCGUUCCAAAACUGUGACUGAUUCUAUCGAGUCGGAAUCUGUUGAUAGCCCACCGAUAUUCGACCGAUGGACCAACAACAUAAGUUACCGUCAGCUCGUGGUGUCAUCCGGCAUCGGAAUAUUCCAACUAUGGUGGCACCCGUAUCUAUUCGACUUAAAGAAGCUUCUACCUUUCCUGUUUCUAUACAAUGUGUUCAGUAUAAUCAUUGCAUACCCGCUGUUUUACCUGGAGCUUGCGCUUGGCGUGGCCACCAAGAAAAGUGUGCUCAACUGCUGGGAUUUGUCACCUAUGGCUAGAGGCAUAGGUUUCGCAAUGCUGUCGACGUGCAUGUUCACGGCGCUGGCAGCUGGUGCAGUGGGGGCAUGGUGUUUGGCGCUGAUGGUGCACUCGAUACAUACGUUCCUGCCGUGGCUGCACUGCGCGGCGGCUGCACGCCCGCCCUGCGCGGCGCGGCAUCGACCACUGCCGGCGGGCAGCGAGACGCCGGCGCAGUCAUUCUUUUUUAAUUUCGUGUUGGAUCUAAAGCGAGAUGGGCUGGAGGGCGGUCUGGGUAACGUGGUAUGGGAGUUGACGACAUACUACGUCAUAUGCUGGGUCCUCAUCUACUUCAUCGUCAUCAAACGGAUAUACAGCUACUCGAAGUUGGUGCUGUUCAAAGACGUGUUGACAUACUUCGUGCUGGUGUGCGUGGCGGUGGGCGCGAUGCAGCUGAAGGGAGCCGGGCGCAUGUUCAGCGACUGCAACUGGAGCGUCAUCUUUGAAGGCUUACAGAUGUGGCGCGAAGCCAUGGAGUACUCGUUGAUCGAGAUGACAGUGUGCCAGGGGUCUCUUGUCAUGCUGGGCUCCUACUGUCCUAAAGCACAACACAAGCUCAGUACUACGGCGAUGCUUGCUCUCGCCGUGUCUAAGACCACUUGUAUGAGUGCCGCGUUGGUCUUAGGAGCCACGCACGGAGCUCUCUAUAAGGACUACGAUAAUGUUACUAAUAUUUGGCCUGGAUCGGCGGGAUCUAUCAUCCUAUGGUCCGACUAUGUAGCGCGGAUACCAGGCAGUCAGUUCUGGUCUGCGCUUAUAUUCUUCACACUCUUUAUAUUGUCAGUAACCACAGCGGCGCUGUUAGUGCAAACAGUAAUGUCGACGUUCACCGGACGAACGAUCAGGAAGAUCAGAUGGGCCUUCCUCGUGGUCAUAUGUAUGCUCUUCUGUUUGAUAGGAGUCAUCUUGGUUUGCACACAGGGUGGUUUAUACGUAAUGAACUUCCUGAUGAGCUGGCCUGCGAGCAAGCCGCGGGUCCCCGUGGCUGCAUUAAUGGCCACUGUCAUCACCUACAUCUACGGACAGACGACAUUCUGUGCAGAUGUCUACUUCGCGGUCGGAGAGUACCCUAGUGUGUUCAUGAGGAUUUGUUGGGCUCUCUCACCGGCUAUCAUGAUGAGUACAUUCGCGGGCGGCGCGGGCUCGUGGCACUCGAGUGAGACGACGGUGGGCUGGAUGCUGGUGGGCGCGUGCGUCGUCAUGCCCAUCGCAGCCGUCAUGCUCUUCUACGGCGUCUUCAAGUGUAGGGUCCGGAAUAUCGUUCGAGACGAAAAAUAAUUAUUUAAAAUCAACGUUUUUAUUUCUCAUUUGUAAUUUGAAUGAUAAAAUGAAACAUUGAAAUCAGAAUGA